AACCAACCCUAACUCAUUUAACUCGGACGUGACUCACCUCCAAUAUCUAUAGCGAGCCAGUCUCAGAGGGAACACGAGAGAGAGAUAGAAAGACAGAGACAGAGAGACAGAGAGAGAGCUUUCUAGAGAGAGAGACAGAGUAAAAACCAGAUUUUAGGGUUUUAAGAUUUUCCCCACCCUCAGAAAUUCAUUUUGAAGUAGAUUGAUUGAUUACAGGUUGUUAUAUGUGUAUUUAUAUAGAAGAGAAAGAGGAGUUGGUACAGUAAUGGAUGAGAUCUGGGAGAGGGCGGUGGAGACAGCUUUGGACGGCCAAACCGACGUUGAUUUGGUCAGGACAUUAACCCUUGACGGAGCGGUUAAGUGCGUUCAUGGCCGGUUGCCCCCGCCGUCGCUUUUCGAGAAGUUUCACAACCUGCAGCACCUUUCCAUGGCCAACAUCGGGGUCUCGUCGCUGGAGCAGUUCCCUCGUCUACGAAACUUGCAGAAGCUUAUCCUGUCUGACAAUCGGAUUGCCGGAGGACUCGAAUUCCUCAUGGAAGCGGGGCUUGAAUCUCUACGAGACCUUGAUUUGUCAAAUAAUCGGAUUUCAGAUAUUAACGACUUGAGACCCCUGGCAGAGCUGAGGUUGGUUUCGUUGGAUCUUUACGAGUGUCCAGUUACGCGGGUUAAGGACUACCGAUCUCGUGUUUUUGGUUUGAUUAGGUCAUUGAAAUAUUUGGAUAAAAUGGAUGCCGAAGAGAAUGAGAGGCCAGAGUCUGACGAUGAGGAGGAGGAUGAAGAGGAUGAGGAGGAUGAUCCGGGGAGUGGAGAAAUUGACGGUGAGGAUACCUCGUAUAGGCUGAAUAAUGGGCAGCGAGCGGGGAGCGAGGGGGUUGUGGAUGUUGAUGAGGACGAGGAGAGUGAUGCAGACGAGGAGGAAACGGAGACCUCUAGGGGGGUUAAUGGGUCAAGUCAUGGUGGCGGUUCCCAUCAUCAUUCUAAUGGGUUUAGAGUGGAGGCUAUAGAUGGAGAGGAGGAUGAGGAGGAAGGAGAAGAAGAAGAUGACUCGGUGGAGGAAGUAUAUGAGGAUGAUGAAGGUGAGGACGAAGAUGUGGUGGAAGUUCAUGAGAUAGAUGACAGUGAUGAUGGAGAAGAUGGCGUGGAAGACGAUGAGGACGAGGAGGAUGAUGAAGACGAGGAUGAAGAAGAAGUAGAUAAUGAUGAGAGGGAUUUUGGGGAGCCCGAGAGUUCCAGGAGGUUGACGGGUACAGAGGGUGAAAUCGAUGGGCAUGAGCAGGGAGAGGAUGACGCGGAUGAGGAUGAUGAUGGGGAGACGGGGGAGGAAGAGCAGGCCGUUGAGGAGGAUGGAGAGUUUGAGGAUGAAGAAGAGGCUGAGGAUGAGGAAGACGAUUAUGGCUCUGGUUAUCUGGUUCAACCAGUCGGGCGGGUGGAAGUAGAUGCUGGAGGCAGCGACAUGGGUGAAGGUGAAGAUCCUGAAAUGGAGGAAGAUAUUGAGGAUGAAGAUGACCAAGAUGGUGAGGUACAGGAGUUGCCACCAUCUUCUUCCCACAAGAGGAAGAGAAAUGACGAUGAUGAUGACGAUGGUGAUGAGGAUGAGGAAGAUGAUAACAUUGUGCAGUACAGCAAGUCGUCGAAGCACCGAUAGAAAUGGCUGACAUGGUGUGUAUUAGGCCAAGCCAUGGGCUCGGUGGAAGAAUGAUACAAAGUCGUGGUUUGUGGAAAUAUACGAGCCCUGAUGCAUGAUGAGCUGGCUUCACAAAUUGGCCCCCGGCCCAGCCCCAGCCCCAGCCCCAGCCCCAGCCCCAGUUGUAGCAAACGAACCUCGGAAUUUUGAUUCGGAAUAUUAGGUGCCUUGUUUGGUUAUUCAAAUUUCUACUAUAUAUUUAUAUGUAGUAGAAGAGUAUAAUUAAUGAUUUUUGCGUCUGGGGCUCCCUCCCGCCACUUUCCAAGUAAAAGGCUAAAGUCGUCGUCAUCAUUUGUCCGCUUUUAUGAUUGUAACCAAAAUCGCACAAUUGAAGAGGGAGUUGGGGGCGGACGCAUGUGGGCGCGUGCUUAAUGGACGAAGCCUUGUAGGCUUCCGGUCUCGUGACAUUGACUCUCUGUUCAUUCCGUCCGGAGCACGCGCAAUGAAUUGCCUCUUUGUUGGUUGCGCUAGUAAAAGAUUCUCUACAUUAAAGAAAAGAAGAAAAAAAAUUAAAAAAUAGGCAUUACGACAGUGCAGCGGCGAUAGUGUCAAUAUAAGAAAGCACAACCUUUCUCGGACUUGUAAUUAUAUAUAUAAAUGUGGUUGUGAGUAACUGUGGGGAUGUGAGUUUUGUUUUUCAUUAUUAAAAGGGUAGGCAGGUGGUGUAUAAGCUGCUGCUAUUUUAGGUUUAAUUGUAACCAUAUGAUUAUUUCAUUAUGAGAUCUGUAUUACUCUCAUCCUUCCUACA